AUGCCUUACCCAAAGCUAAUGAUGCCUAACUUGAACCAAUGGAAAGUUGAACAACUUAUUGAAAAAAAAGAAGCCGAUUCAUUAAAUAUGCCUUACCUGAAGCUCAUGAUGUCUAAUUCGAACCAAGUGGAAAGUUGA